GCUGUCACAUAAACAUUUCCCUGCACACAGCUGUUUGACUAUUAACAGCGGUCAUGCUUAUUUUUCGACAGAUUGACACGUUACGAAUAGACUGUAUAUCAGCCUAAAUGAGCGUUUUGUGGGAGGAACGCGGUUUGUAGGAGAGCAGCCUGAUGGAGCAGAGAUAGAGAUCUGAUAGCCUCUCCUGCUGUCACCUACACACUGAGUGUACACUAUCACUACUCGCACACUGGAUGGGAUGCAUGGGCUGUGACCUCCUCUUCAUGCAUAUAGAUCCUCCUCCUAACCAGGAGCAGCAAGUUGUCCAGAGAAAGUGUUUUUGAGUGGUGGCUGUGUUAGAGAUGUAUUCACCACAGAGGAAGGACUUUGUCUCUCUGACACUGGGAGACCAACAUAGCCGCAGCUACACCAACGGCAAGCACCGGAGACAGUCCUGCUGGAGGAAAUGGAAGCAGCUGUCUCGGCUCCAGCGCAGCCUGAUUCUUUUCCUGCUGGCCUUCCUGUUCAUCUGUGGGAUUCUUUCCUAUCCCAGCCUGACGGAGCAGUGGAGAGGACUCUCUGAUAGAGCGUUGAAGGAGGACUGGGUUGAAAUGGAUAACCGAGGUCUCAGGCCCAUUCCUCCUGGCCUCGUCCCAAAGAUUCUGCCAGGAGUUGUCCCAGGGGUCCAGGACAUCCCACCAGAAGUAAUGCCAGAGAUUCAAAGACCAAGCAUUCCAUUACUUCCCAAACCUCCAGCUAUGAGGAAGCCACCUAGCAAGCGUGGUCCUCCAGUCCUACAGAAGCGAGGGAAUGUGUCAGACUGGCAGGUGAAAGAUGGAGAAGAAGCCAUGCUCAAGAGAGAUGAAGAUGGAGGGAAAGAAGCAAAAACAGUCAUUAGCUGGCGUGGGGCGAUGAUCGAGGCGGAGCAGGGGACGGAGCUUCAGUCCACCGCCCAUGGAAAAGAAGGAACUGUGGCUGAUGCCGAGGAAGCUGCCAACUUAAAACCAGUCACCGUGAAGGCCGUGGAUCGUGUGGAGGCGGUGCAGGAGGCCUUCAGGCACGCAUGGAAGGGCUAUAAGGCCUUUGCGUGGGGUCAUGAUGAACUGAAGCCCAUAUCUAAGACCCAUGGAGAGUGGUUUGGACUGGGCCUAACUCUCAUUGACGCACUAGACACUAUGUGGAUUCUCGGACUGAAAGACGAGUUUGCGGAGGCCAGGAAGUGGGUUGAGACAGAAUUAUCCUUUUCCAAGAAUGUGGAUGUGAAUCUUUUUGAGAGUACCAUCCGUAUAUUGGGGGGUCUCUUGAGCACAUACCACCUGACCGGAGACACUCUCUUCCUGGAUAAAGCUAAAGACAUUGGGUUCAGAUUAAUGCCUGCAUUCAAAACCCCAUCUAAAAUCCCCUACUCUGACGUGAACAUUGGUAAAGGAACCGCUCACCCUCCACGCUGGACCACAGACAGCACAGUCGCAGAGGUGACCAGUAUUCAGCUGGAGUUCAGAGAGCUCAGCCGACUCACACAGGACCCACAGUACCAGAUUAAAGUUGACAGGAAGCGAAGUGGGAGAGAGAGGGGGAAUGGGAUCGGGAAAGGUCUGCGAGCCGGGACUCGAACUCGCAAUCCCCGAAGCGCAAAGGCACUGCAUAUCGACGAGGCUACCGGCGCCAACAAAUUUUUUUUUAUUAUUAUUUUACCUUUUUAUUUAAAUAAUGCAGUGGAGGAGGUGACCAGACAGGUUCACCGAUUGGAGGGAAAGCGUGAUGGUCUGGUACCCAUGUUCAUCAAUACAAACAGUGGGAAAUUCACUCGUCGAGGGGCAUUGACGCUGGGGGCCCGUGCGGACAGCUACUACGAGUACCUGCUCAAACAGUGGCUACAGGGCAGCAAGAAAGAGACUGAGCUGCUAGAGGACUAUCUUCAAGCUAUAGAAGGUGUCAAAAAGAAUCUCUUGAGACAGACUUCUCCUGGUAAACUGACCUUUGUUGGGGAGCUGUCCAACGGCCGUCUGAAUCCCAAAAUGGAUCAUUUGGUGUGUUUUCUUCCUGGCACACUGGCUCUUGGUGCUCACAACGGUCUGCCCGCUGAUCACAUGGAUCUGGCUGUGCAGUUGAUGGAGACGUGUCAUCAGAUGUAUGCACAGAUGGAGACGGGCCUGAGCCCAGAGAUUGCUCACUUUAACCUGCAGUCCAACAACGGACGGGACAUCGAUGUGAAGCCUGCAGACAGACACAACUUACUGAGACCUGAGACCGUUGAGAGUCUGUUCUACAUGUACAGAUUCACCAAGGACAGCAAAUACAGGGACUGGGGCUGGGACAUACUGCAAAGUUUCAACAAAUACACCAGAGUCCCCAGCGGGGGCUACACCUCCAUAAGUAACGUCCGUGACCCCGAGAACCCCGCGCCCAGAGAUAAGAUGGAGAGUUUCUUCCUGGGCGAGACACUGAAGUAUCUCUUCCUCCUGUUCUCUGACGACAACGAGCUGAUCAGUCUGGAUAAGUACGUGUUCAACACCGAGGCCCAUCCGCUGCCCAUAUGGCCCUCCACCUCAUGAGGGUGGAGGCCAGAAUUAUGCUAAUCCUCACUUGAUGUUGGCUUCAACAGGAAAUGAUGCAGGCUUCCAUGGGAAGUUACCCCUUCAGAGUUUCUCUGCGGGAAUGUUUCUGGUCUUAACCAAUCUUUAACUCUGCACUUGAGGUUUAUUUAAAUGCGGUGAGACUCUUUAUUCACCCAGAAGAACAGAUUUGGUGGCGGUUUUACACGUGUGUGGUGAAAUACCACAAAUGUUGUUUCCACUUUGUACUUUACAAGACUUCACUUACCUUCGAGCUCAUGGGACGCCUGCAAAGUGUGACACGCUUGCAUGUUGGACAAGCCCGUUCAGCUGCCGCAAUAUUUAGGUGUUCCAUCUGCUGUAUUUGGGACAGAGACAUUAGUGUCAGAGCGCCGUAAAUCACACGGCAGACUGCUGAAAUCACACACUGUGAAAAACACCAAGCACUUUGUAAAAUGAAGACUUCCUUUUUUGUUAACACCGUUCUUUCUACGUGUACAGAUGGAUGCUCUCAAUGUGAGUGGCUCACCUUUAUUUUUGCAGGCUGUUACAAAAGGACGUGUCAAUUUCUAAAGGUUUCCCUUUUGUACGAGUCAGGAUGCAUUAGGGAACAUAUCGAGAACUUUACAAAUCAUCAUCUUGAGAUUUAUUUGGGAACCCUCUGGGAUUGUGUAUUUUUCUGUUAUUUAUGUUGACUUAAGUGUGCGUACUUCAGUGAACGCUAAUGAGUUGAUGUAGUGGAUGCCGCCCAGAGCCCUGCUUGAAUUGCUGUGCUGUAGAUUUACUUUAUUAUUUACAAAUUUCGGAAGCUGUUGUGUGGCACUGGAUGCUGUGAUGCUACACUUAGCUGAACUGCGAUCAGAUGUGUAUAUAUGUUCAUUAAUUCAUUCAGAUUUCACAGCAAAUCUACACUGAAAAUGGAUAAACCGUGUCUGAUCGACAGUCAAAAUCAUGUGACUAAUAAAGCUACAGAAUUUCUCUUGUCAUAUUAGAGCACAGUGGUAAUCUGAAUUACUUUCUUCCUGGUCAAUUAAUUUCGUCUUUCUGUGUUUCGAGAAAGAAAGUCUUACAGGUUUGGAAUGGCAUGAAGGUGAAUAAAUAAUUACAGACAUUUCAUUUUUAGCCAACCUGAUACUUUAAGAUUGAUAAAUGUAGUCUGAUAUUUGCACAACUUUAUUUCCAGCUUGGAAACUCGUAUGUGCAUCACUGUUGCGUAUCACCUGUUGAGUUUAUCUGUGCCGUCAAGUGUUUGUUUCUCCUAUCAUUUCAUCUGUCUUUGGUCAAACAGCAGUCAUCCAAUCAAAACAUUCAGGCUUGCAGAAGCUGUCAGACUAGCGCAAAAUAAUCCUUCAUCUGAAACAAUCCAUUUUCAUGGUGAUUGACAUUUGCAUUACAAUAUGUCUGUUCUGUGUCACAUUCCUCUUGCUGCUUCUGGUGAUAUGGCGUCAAAAUCUGCAUCGCUUGUGCCUUUCGAUUUAUAGAAUACAGAGUGAUCGCAUGAUAAUGAGAGAUUUCUCCCUGAUUGCUUCCCUCGUCUCUUUGCUGCAAUCAGCGGUUUGUGAUUACCGUUUGUGCUCGCCCGCGAGUGUUAAAUGAAGGAGCCCGGAGUGGACACAGAUCUGAUGAGGGUUUGUGAAGGUCAGGUUGUGUUUGAUGUAUUAAUAUCCUGCACAGCUGAGCUAUUUUUCAUUAUGGUAAAGAUACGAGCAGGUCUCUGAGGUUGUUAACAUUUGUAAAGUAUAAAGAUUGUAAAAAAAUGAACUAAAAUAAGUUAAUUGUUAAAGCAAUAGUUCACCCAAAAAUGGACUCACCCUCAGGCAAACCGAGAUGUAAUUGAGUUCAUUUCUUCAUAAGAAUAGAUUUGGAGAAAUUUAGCAUUACAUGACUUGCUCACCAAUGGAUCCCCUGCAGUGAAUGGGUGCCGUCAGAAUGAGAAUGAGAGUGCAAACAGCUGAUAAAACCAUCACAAUCAUAAUCCAUUUUUGGGUGUACUAUUCCUUUAAUAGCAAUUGUCACAAGCUUUUGUUGUUGUUGAUUUUGUUUGGGGUUCUUUUGGGUUUUACUUGCCUUAAAUUUUUUAUUUUUUUUUAUUGCAUCACAUUUUUAUGUACUGAAAUGCGAUUGUAAUGUGCCACCUUUGAGAUUUCAUAUUAUACGAUGUACAUUUCUACAAUUUCCUAACAAGAGGGAGCUCAUUCUAGUCUAGUGUGAUUAUGCAUACUUUUUCAUGCUAAUUAAAUUAUGCAUAAUAUUACAUAUUCAUAAUUUAAAAUCCAUGACAAAAAAUGCUAUCCUGCCAAAUGACUCCUCUGGAAGUGAAUAUUGAAUAUUGUAAACAUUGUCCUUGUAAAUACUAUUUGAAAAACUUGCCUUGCUACAUUGCAAAAAUAAUUUUCAUCAGCAUUUUGUCUUGUGUUCCAGUAAACAGUAUCCUUAAAACAAGAUAUGUUUUUAUUGAUAAGCAACACUGCUUGUAUUAAAGUUUUUUGCAAUGUUAAAUGUGUUAGCUCUAUGCUGCAAGAACAAAAUAUUUAUCAAAAAAUAAAGUUAAUUUAAAAUAUAUUAUUGGAGAACAAGUCAACAUAUUGUAAUGUUAAUAGCAUUACACAGCAAUUUUGCUUCUCAAGUAAGUUCUUGUUUUAAGGACGUUUAGAUAUUUAUUUUAUUACUGGAAAACCAGAUAAAACUACUGUUGGAGAAAGUUGUCUUGGCUUUAGAAGCACAUUUGUUAUUUUUUGUUGUUGUAUUUGCACUACAGUUGAAGUACAACUUUGUGUGUAUCGUCUUGUACUUAUUCCUACAUUAACAGCAUAACAAAAACAAAAUAAAACCGACAAGCAGAAGGUGUCUGUGUUCUUUUUA